AUGUCCGACUGGGUCGGUUUGUUAUUGAAGGCAGUCUACUAUUAUGGACGCAUUAUCGGUCUUGGCAAUUUCGAUAUUGACUGGCGGAAAGGUCGUGUUUUCACAGCCCUACGGAGCAGUCUUUAUGUCCUUGCGAUCAACGUCAUCAUUUUGGUGGUUAUGUUUUUGCAAAUUUUCAAGCGUACUGAUCCCAAUGUGGUCUUCGAGAAGGCAAACGCACUGCAUCAAACUCUUAUCAUCGUUGUGGUCGGAAUAAAAUUAGCUUCAGGACUUUGCACCGUUAUAAAUAGAUGGCGCCAGCGGGCCAAAUUUAUGCGUUUGGCCAGGAAAAUGCUCCAGUUGUCUCUGGAAAAGCCGCAGGUGAAGAGGAUGUCCCGCUGGGGAAUCCUUAUCAAGGUCGUCAUAGCCAUCGUCACUGACCUCCUGCAAAUGGCAAUCAGCUGGGAUUCAGCGGAUCGUGUGGACUCCAAUCAAUUUUUGGGCAUGAUCUUCCAGUUUUGGCUGUCGGCCAUUAUAAAUUUGGCCAUAUCGCAGCACUAUCUGGUAACCCUAUUCGUUCGGGCCUACUAUAAUCUGCUCAACACAGAGCUGCGAACGGUGAUCAACGAAAGCAAGAUGUUAAGCUACUUCACCGUGAGAAGAGGCGUUUUUAUGACCAGGUGUUGCUUCUUGGCGGAUAAGGUUGAUAGUAUCGCUAAGCUCCAAUAUAGACUGCAGACCAUUAUAAAUCAGAUGAAUGCGGUCGUCGGUGUACAAGGGCUGUUGGUGUACGCCGGAUACUAUAUAUUCUCAAUAAGUACAACUUACGUGACGUACAGUAUCCAUAAAAAUGGAAUUGAGAAUCUACAGUUGACCAUUAAAUCUGUAAUAUUGGCCUUUUGUUGGUGCUUUUUUUACUACCUGGACGCUACGAUCAACCUGUUCAUUAUGAUUAAUCUCUUAGAUGACCACAAGGAGAUGUUGCGUCUACUUGAGGAGAGAACGCUGUUUGCACCCGGCUUGGAUGCUCGCUUGGAGGAAUCCUUUGAAAGCAUUCAACUGCAGCUGGUACGAAACCCGUUCAAAAUUGAAGUACUGAAAAUGUUCUCAAUCACUCGCAGUUCUACCACGGCCAUGUUUGGAUCCCUGAUAACACAUUCAAUAUUUCUUAUUCAAUGUGACAUGGAAUACUUUUGAGGUCCAUGGUUCAUUGCCAACAAGUCAUAUUUCCCAAUCUGUUCCAAUUUUUUUUUGUAAGACAACAUUAAUUAAAUUAAAGUACUUAAACGA